UGUGGUAAGAAAUGCGCAUGCGUCCCACACUGGAAUUACUGCACUGGCCAGAAUAAGUUGGAUCUCGUCUGUCUUCACUGAAAUCCAAAAUCAUAUCAAAACUAUGGCGGUGUUGAGAAUAAGAAAAAUGAGCUGCUUUGGGGUUUGGACCUUUCCUGUAAUAGUGGCCGUGGUCUGUGCGCAAAGUGUCAAUGACCCUAGCAAUAUGUCAAUCGUAAAAGAAACUGUGGAUAGACUGUUGAAAGGAUAUGACAUUCGCUUGAGGCCGGAUUUCGGAGGUCCCCCUGUGGGAGUGGGGAUGAAUAUAGACAUAGCCAGCAUAGACAUGGUAUCUGAAGUCAAUAUGGACUAUACAUUGACUAUGUAUUUCCAGCAAGCUUGGCGAGACAAGCGGUUAUCCUACUCAGAGAUUCCCCUCAAUCUCACCCUGGAUAACCGGGUAGCGGAUCAGCUGUGGGUCCCGGACACCUACUUCCUAAAUGACAAGAAGUCUUUUGUCCAUGGUGUCACUGUGAAAAACAGAAUGAUUCGACUGCAUCCAGAUGGCACUGUGCUCUAUAGCCUGAGGAUCACCACUACAGCAGCUUGUAUGAUGGACCUGAGACGAUAUCCACUGGACGAGCAAAACUGCACAUUGGAGAUAGAGAGCUAUGGGUACACCACUGAUGACAUAGAGUUCUACUGGCGAGGAGGUGACAACGCUGUGACGGGGGUGGAGAGAAUAGAACUCCCCCAGUUCUCCAUUGUGGACCACAAACUCAUCUCCAAGAAUGUUGUCUUCUCUACAGGAUCCUACCCUCGACUCUCCCUCAGCUUCAAGCUAAAAAGGAACAUUGGCUAUUUCAUCCUGCAGACCUACAUGCCCUCUAUCCUGAUCACAAUCCUCUCCUGGGUCUCCUUCUGGAUCAACUAUGAUGCCUCUGCAGCCAGAGUUGCUUUAGGAAUCACCACUGUGCUGACCAUGACCACCAUCAACACUCACCUGCGGGAGACCCUUCCUAAAAUCCCUUAUGUCAAGGCCAUUGACAUGUACCUGAUGGGCUGCUUCGUCUUCGUUUUUCUGGCCCUGCUGGAGUACGCCUUGGUCAACUACAUCUUCUUCGGCAGGGGACCCCAGCGCCAGAAGAGGGCGGCUGAGAAAGCAGCUGUCGCCAACAACGAGAAAAUGAGAAUGGAUCCAAACAAGUGGUUGGUGGGAAAUGUAGUUCAGAGAGACGAUACUCUGUAUGCGAGAAUGAAACAGAGGGAUAUUGACGCUCAUGACUCAAUGUGGGAACCAAUCUUUGUGGAUGACGCAGCGAUGGGACUAGGCGAUCAAAAGAAUAAGAUGGACCCACAUGAAAACAUUCUACUGGGCACAAUAGAAAUUAAGAAUGAGAUGGGAGCGUCGGAGCUGACCCUUGGUCUCAGUGACCCCAGGAGCACAAUGUUAACUUAUGACAGCUCCACCCUGCAGUACCGCAAAGCAGGGCUGCAGGCCAGGCACAACUUUGGACGCAACACUCUGGAGCGGCAUGUAACUCAGAAGAAGAGCCGGCUACGGAGGCGUGCUUCCCAGCUGAAGAUUAACAUUCCCGACUUAACUGAUGUAAACUCUAUCGACAAGUGGUCGAGAAUGAUCUUCCCCACUGUAUUUUCCUUGUUCAACAUUAUCUAUUGGCUCUACUACGUUAACUAAAUGGACUUCAGCAAGGGCAGAACAAAACAAACAGCAAAAAUGUUGCUUGUUUUUCUCUGAAUUGGUAUUUUGCUGUUUGUUCUUGCAACACAAGACUGAAUUACUGAAACAAAAUCAGGACCGAUUCCAUUUGAGCUUGGAACACCUUAAUUGCUGGCUAACACAUGAAAACCUUAGAGGAGAGAAAGAUUCAGAACAUAUAUGGUGCCUGUACCAGAGUUUUUGUUUAUAAUUUAGAUUAUUUAGUGAAUAUAGUAUUUUAUCAUUUUAAAGUGUUUGUUUGCAUAUAUUUUUGUUUUAUUUGUACAAUCUAUAUUUAAUUUGUUGCCAAAACAUAGUUAGAAAUAUUAAUGAUAUAUUGAUUUUAAAAUGACUCACAGACCACAAAGACAUUCCUUAAUACAGCUACAAGCACAUUCAGGUCAAUCUUUUCUAAGGUGUAUUCAUUCAAAGAGACAGAUGUGAUGUUAUUUAUCCUA